AUGCUUCAAGUCUGCCUGUACGAUAAAUUUUUUCCUUCAUCUAUAUUCCUCUUCCGCUCUGAAUCGCUUGCCCCGACCCACAGGUGAGGCCUGCUCAGUCAGCACGGCUUCUGGACCUCUACCAUUUCCCCACUCAGACCGCUAUUGGUUUCCCUGAACCGAACGCAUUCCUCGCCUGGCGACGACUAAGAUGUGCCGGCCGUCAUAGCUAUCAAAAGACAGUGCAGCACUUAUGGGAAGCAAUUUCGAGGUGCUAUAUAUCACUGAAGCGCACAAUUAUAUGCGCAGAUAGAUAAGCUGUUAUAGAGGAGCCCGUCAGGAUGAGUGAGCAGGACAGGUGCAAUGCCGCGACCAUAAUACAACCAAACAAGCGUGCUGCCCUCUAAACCUGUCUUCUAUCCAGUGCCAUUCCGAGACGAGUCUCUAUCGUGCUACUGUCAUCAUAUCUGCCUACUUCGUGUACCAAGAUGGACCCAAAUCCUACGGGCGAUGUUCCUAUGUCGGACCUUAACGAGUCCAACUCCGACUCUGCUGUUCCCAUGGACGUGGACUCGGCGGAGCAUACAAGGUUGCCUUCGAAGUCAUCCAUGGACAUGACCAUAGAGGUGUAUUUACGUGCCCACCUCGAUACCCUGUCAACCGGCAUUAGCGAGCUGAGCGACACUGUCAAACAGACCACGCUUUUGGAAUAUCGGGACAAGCCACCUGGAUUCAUUCUUAACGAAGAACUUCGAGGCCUGCUCAAUGCAUGCGUUCACCCGUACGCUGUUGCACCCACGCCUGAUGUUGGCUCGCCUGUCUCGAAUAUACCGACCGUACCCUCAAGCUUUGCUGUGCACUCGGUGUCUGCCUCCGCAUUUUUGGAUACUCUACGGCGGGAGUUUUGGCCUCAGGGCGACAGCAGUCUCCCCAGCCACCCGUCAUUGCCUGAUAUGACAGACGUUCAGGAGCCAACAAGAGUCUUCGAUCUUCGUUCAACACUCCCGUGUAUUGGGCGCUCAGAUAACAUCGAGAUGUUAAGGGCCGUCAUCCAACAGGCUUACGAAGCGUGGAAGAAGAAUUUUGCUUUUCAAAGCAACCUUUCUCUUCCUGUACCUGUGGUGUGCGGUGGAUCAGGCAGAGGCAAAACAUAUUUUUGUCGUUUAGGAAUUCAGAAACUUUUCAGGGAAAGUGGAAAACUCGGAGACUUUGAACACGCGUGUACCUUCACUGCGGAGAAACAUCUCAACAUCGGGAUCUUGUUCAAGAACGUGGUUGCUGGAGAGAAAGCGUAUUCAGGGAACUCACUUGCUCUGCAGCUCACGUACGAGGUGUUCAAGGGUUUUCCCGCCUUUAUGGACAAAUACCCCACAGUCAAAAGCCUUCUAUCAUUAUUCGCCACUCGAGUAUCAAUGACACUACUGGACCUACAGCGUUUCCUCAAAAAACAACUGGGCCUCCCAAGUGGCGCUACGACGAUCUUGUCUGUACACCUCGAUCAAAUAGAUAGGGCUCUCCGAGGCGCUGAUUUUACCCACCUCAAGAACAUCAUUGAUGCAUUUGAAACCAUCAACAUGCAGCAAGAUGCGAUUUUCUUCUCGUUGCUGCUCUCUGGCAAGGAAUCAACGGCAAUCCUAAACGCUUUGAAAUCUCGUAGAAGCUACCGCGGCUAUCCCAUUGAUCUAAAACCAAUAACAUGGCAGGAGUACCACCAGGGACUAUGCGACUUUCUUUCUGCGCGGAUAGGAGAUGGUCCUGAAUGUAAACCGAUCCAGCCUACAGAUAUCUCGAAAGGUUUACAGAGGAUCCUGCUGGAUAUUGAAGGCGUCCCCAAGUUUUUCGUUAUAUUGCUGCACGUACUGUCUUCUCUUGAAGGACUGCAGUCGUUUGCACGCCCAAAACAUGCGUUGGAAGACUGGACAAUAAAUCGCGAACGUAUUCGAAAAGCCGUAAUCGAUACAAGUGCUGACACAAAUAGACUAAUCCUCGUCAACCUCUAUGACUGUGUUACGUCUUCCCAGGCCAUCCCCUCCUGGACCACAAGCGACGAUGCCACCCUAGCAAAGAUCUUGUGCUACGCCAUAACCGACAUUCCAGUCACACGCGAAACAUGGCUAGACAGAGAAUGGGAACGUUCUCCGACUUUUUCUGACCUGGAACGUGACGGCAAGCUGAUAUUGCGCCCUUUGAUAAAGCCCGGUAAAUCAGACGUAAAUGCAGCGGCGAUCGAGUACCGAGUCACCUUUCCUCUAAUCUUACUCAAAAGUAUUCUUUUGAAGACUGGUAGUGCCCCCGGCAGCUACACCCUAACAGAGCGCCGCGGCCCUCUUUACUGGCAAGAGGCAGAAGAUAUGGAUGGGACCUGGUUCCUGUACAGAUUAAAGGCUUUCAAAGAACUUCAUGGAAACUUCAAGCCCCUUCGCGAUCUCCUUCCGAUGGAUGACGAGUUAUGCAAAUCGUUGCGAACUCGUUCCGUUGACCUUAGCGGGCCGAUUGAAGACUCUCUCCUCAGACUCUUACAUAAAAUUACCCAACCGCAGGAACUGGCUCAGUAUAUCGACCCCAAUAGACGUGGUUGCUACGGUUUCAAGAACGCACCUGGCGCCGAAAGUUGGGACUGGGCGAUAAUUCUUCCUUUGAGGAAAUCUCGUAACCUACUGCUGAUGGGUCAGAGUAAAAUGUCUAUGGAAGGGGAGCGACCAAAAGGAGCGGAUGCGCCUACUAUCUCCAAAACGGUCAUCGAAACGGAACGCAGGAAAGUUGAUCCGUGGUUCAAUGCGCCAUCAGAGGUGAAAAGGGGCGCUGGUUACUCAACAUGUCAUUUCGUUGUCGUUUCGGACCGAAGAUUCGUAGCGGCAAAAGGUCUCGAUAAGGGCGUCAAGAAGACGACUAGUGUCGUGCAUCGCGACGUGAUGAAAGACUAUUUUGGGGAGAUGAUGGGUGCAAGACGACAGGCAGCAUGUGAUUUCCGACUACCUAAGUAGAUAAUUUAUAUAGAGAUACGAGUAUCGCGAGUAUAUAAUAACUAACUUGCCAGGUUAAGAUAAUUUACUGGAUACUGCGGGUUACGAUGUUUCUUUCCUGCGAUUGUGA